UAUACACGACUGUAAAACAAACACUACUCCAAAAUCUAUAUAUAUAGCUACCCCAAACUCUUCAACAUUUAAGGCCCCAUUUUCUUUCUCUUCAGUUUUCACUUCCCUUCCACACAUUAAAAAAAAAAUCAAAUUCUAUUUCAAAGAAUAGUAUCAAAGAAAAAAUGGGGUACGGCAAACUGGAACCGUCGGAUCGUGGAAAUGUAUCGGCGCAAUCGAACGAAUCAGAAAUUGCCACGUCACACUCACCGCCAAGCGCAACCCGUGGUGGGAAGAGCAAAAACAAGAAGCUCAUCUUCCUCGCCGCCCUCUCCAUUGUUCUAAUAGCGGCCUCAGCCGUCUCCGCCGUGCUCCUUAUCGGAGUUCGAACCCGAGCAUCGGGUCCACCCGGUGCGACCAUGCCCCGGAAACCGACCCAGGCGAUUUCCAAGGCUUGCAGAAAGACUCGGUACCCGAAUCUCUGCGUGAACUCGCUCCUCGAUUUCCCGGGCGCCAUGAGCGCGUCUGAGGAGGAUCUGGUCCACAUUAGCUUCAAUAUGACGCUGCAGCACCUUAGCAAAGCCCUCUACACCACCUCCGAGUUGACCUCACUCAAAAUGGACUCGCUCACUCGCUCCGCCUACGACGUCUGCCUCGAGCUUCUAGACGAUUCGGUCGACGCCGUCGAGCGUGCGCUCACAACCGUCUCCGGCGGCGGCGGCGGGUCUGACAACCAGGACGUGGUGACGUGGCUGAGUGCGGCGUUGACCAACCAGGAGACCUGCAGUGAAGGGUUCGAGGAGGGUGGGUCCAGUGUGAACGGGAACGUGAAAACUCAGGUGGCCGAGAAAUUGAAGGACUUAUCGGAACUCGUGAGUAAUUGCCUCGCGCUAUUUUCUGGAAGCAUUAGUGACGAUUUCUCGGGCGUUCCGGUUCAGAACAAGAGGAGGUUAAUGGCAGCGGAAGAGGACAAUAUCUCGGGAGAUUUCCCGAGAUGGUUGACUCGAAAUGAAAGGAGGCUUUUGGGUUUACCUGUCUCGGCGAUACAAGCCGAUAUCGUGGUGUCAAAAGACGGAAAUGGGACGGUCAAGACUAUAGCCGAAGCCAUAAAGAAAGCGCCGGAGUACAGUGAUCGCCGAACCAUUAUUUACGUGAGGGCAGGAAGGUACGAAGAGAAUAAUUUAAAGGUAGGAAGGAAGAAAAAGAACUUGAUGUUCAUUGGAGAUGGAAAGGGUAAAACGGUAAUAUCAGGAGGGAAGAGCGUAUCGGAGAGCAUGACAACUUUCCACACAGCUUCUUUCGCUGCAACUGGGGCUGGUUUCAUAGCUCGGGACAUGACAUUUGUGAACUGGGCCGGCCCAGCUAGACACCAAGCUGUUGCUCUCCGGGUCGGUGCGGACCACGCGGUGAUUUACCGGUGCCAAGUCCUCGGGUACCAAGACACCCUGUACGUGCAUUCCAAUCGCCAGUUUUUCCGCGAGUCCGAGGUUUACGGAACCGUCGAUUUCAUAUUCGGAAACGCCGCCGUCGUUUUCCAAAACUGCACAAUCUACGCCCGAAAGCCCAUGGACCUACAGAAAAACACGAUCACGGCCCAAAACCGAAAAGACCCGAACCAAAACACGGGUAUCUCGAUCCACGCCUGCCGGAUCGUUGCCACGUCAGAUCUGGAAGCCUCGAAGGGGAGCUUCCCGACGUAUCUGGGCCGUCCGUGGAAAAUGUACGCCAGAACAGUGUACAUGAUGUCGUACUUGGGCGAUCACAUCCAUCCACGUGGAUGGCUAGAAUGGAACACAAGUAAUUUCGCUCUUAACACGUGUUAUUACGGCGAGUACAUGAACUCCGGGCCGGGUGGGGCGGUGGGCCAGCGGGUCAAAUGGGAGGGUUAUCGGGUCAUAACGUCCACAGUCGAAGCCAGCAAGUUCACCGUCGCACAGUUCAUUUUCGGGUCGUCUUGGCUGCCCUCGACCGGAGUGGCAUUCUUGGCCGGUUUAUCAGUAUAAAUUCGAAAUAGUAAAAUAAAUAAUAUAAUAAUUAAUCUGUACACUCUGCAAUUCUAGGACGAAAAUGUUGGGCCCAAGCCCAUAAAGGCGGCCUGGUGGAGCCGGCUUAUAUGAAUAUAGACUUAUAGUUUUUUUUUUCUGCACUAUUUUCAUUUUUUUUCAAAUGAUUUAGCAAUAAGCAAUGUUGUUAAUCUUCUUUUUGUGUAUUUUAACUCAGUGAUAAUGUUAUAGAUAUUGUGAACUAA